CCAAGUGAUCUGUUUCUGUGAAAUUUGGUCUUCUUUCUUACAAUGACGAAGAAAGAGAAAGAGAAGAAGAUGUUCGAUGGCGCAAUUUGGAACUGUGCAGCAGAACUCAAACUCUUGCUCACUGCUUUCCUCUUCCUCUCCUCUCUUGCGGUACUUCUCCAGUUUAUCCCAUCUCGUCUCUCCUCUCUCUCUCCUCCUGAUUUCCGCUUAUGUCUCUCUACACUCUCCACUCUCGCCCCUGCCCCUUCUUCUUCUUCUUCUUCUUCCUCAGCGUCUGUUCCUCUUCCACCACCGUCACCGAAACCGUCAAUAAACAAAAAUGAGUUAAUCAAUGGAAGCAUCAUCAAGAGAGCUCUCUACCCUUACGGAGCUGCUGCUUACUCCUUCGUCCAGACGGGUGCUUACAGGGGUGGCCUCCACACUUUCGCCAUCGUCGGCCUUGCAUCUAAGCCCCUUCACGUCUACGGUAAGCCUCUAUACGAAUGCCGAUGGUUCCCUGAUCGAUCCCAUAACAAAACCAUCUCCACCGUCGGUACCAAGAUUCUCCCUGAUUGGGGCUACGGUCGCGUCUACACCGUCGUCGUCGUCAAUUGUACCUUCACUGAGCCAGUCGGCGCCGACGGCUCCGGUGGACGUUUGGUUCUAGUUGCCUCCACUAAUGGUGGCGGCGAUCGAGAUUCUAACGUAACUGAAGAAAUCGAAGUGCUGAAUGAAGCUCCUGGUAGCUUGAACACUUCAAUUUUCACUUCUUCGCCUCCUUACGAUUAUCUUUAUUGUGGGUCGCCUUUGUACGGAAAUCUGAGCCCUCAGAGGAUAAGAGAGUGGAUGGCGUACCAUGUGAAACUGUUGGGAGAGAAAUCCCAUUAUGUAAUUUAUGAUGCCGGAGGGGUUCAUCCUGGGGUUUUAGAGGUUUUGAAGCCGUGGAUGGAGACAGGAUAUGUGACAUUACAGGAUAUCAGAGAGCAGGAAAGGUUUGAUGGGUACUAUCACAAUCAGUUUCUGGUGGUGAAUGACUGUUUGCAUCGUUAUAAGUUCAUGGCUAAGUGGAUGUUCUUCUUUGAUUUAGAUGAGUACAUCUAUGUGCUGUCCAAGAGAAAAAUUGGAUCUGUUCUUGAUUCGCUUUCCGACUAUACACAGUUCACCUUCGAACAGAUGCCAAUGUCAAAUAAGCUCUGUCUCGCCGCUGAUAAUGGAAAAACUCACACGAAAUGGGGGUUUGAGAAGCUAGUGUACAGGGACGUGAAGAGGGUAGCGAGGAGGGACAGGAAGUAUGCGGUGCAACCACGGAAUGUGUAUGCGACGGGGGUGCACAUGUCGCAGAAUGUGGGUGGGAAGACACUGAACAAGGCGGAUCGGCGGAUCAAGUACUUCCACUAUCACGACACCAUUGCAGAGAGACAUGAGCCAUGCCGGCAGCUUGUGAAUACAACGGAACUCACUUUCGAGGGCACCCCCUAUGUCCUUGACAACACCAUGAGACGAUUUGCUGCAUCUGUAAAGAGGUUUGAGCUCAACUUCAUUGGGACUAGAUUGCAAACAACUCCACAAUAACACCUGCUCUUCUUCACUUUCUUCUUUA